AUGUACACGCGGAAUACGAGUGUGCCGGUCCUGAGCACCUAUCUCAAGAACGCCGCGCUUCUCCUUGACAAAUCGGGCGCAACCGUCUGCUUCGACGCCAGCGAAUCGGCGGUUGUGGACGCGUGGACGUCACUGGACACCGAGUAUGAAGUGUGUUUCUCAAGUACAAAGUGCAUUACAGCUGCGGCCCCUUCACGAUGGACAGCGAAAGCAAAGCCCGCAAUUGCCGUGGACUGGCAGCGUCUCGCGCUGAUGGUCUCUGCUGGUGGAGUGCUGUUGCUUAUCGUUUCCAUCACGCUUGGUGUCGUCGCGUGCAACCGCAGCUGCCGUGUGAAACAGCUUCGACAGGAGCUUGCUGCUGCCGACACCUUUGGUGACUCAACAAAGCAACACAACGCCUCGCUCUCAAGCAGCGGUGACCCUCCAGCACAGGUUUACUCACGGCUGCAAUCUCGUCGCGAUCAGGAUGACAAAUUCAAGCAAGGGACGGCAGGCAACCGAAGUGGACCAUACUACUCCAACAUCGUGCCAAACUCCAGCUUGCGUCAGCAGCAGCGCCAGCACCUGCAAUCCACACGUGGCGCGGGCAGUCGUCGACAGGAACAAGGCGGACACGCCGCCGCAAACAUCUACGCCACCGUUCCGCUUGUACAUGAGUAUGACAACCCCAACACCGGCAUUGCCACGUAUCAAGAGAUUGGGGACACGGCUGAUGCGCGCGCCCACGCAAUCUACAGCGAGAUUGGAGGCAACGGCGCCGGCGUGUCUGUGGCCUUGCACAGCAACCUGGCAUACGCACCUGUGCUGACAACGCCCGCGUACACACAAAUGGACCCCGCGCACCCACACACGCGAAGGGCGCGCGCCUGUUCCCUGGACACGGCGAAGCAGCAUGCAGCAUACAUGGUCAUGUCACCACUCGUCACUGGCUCUGGUUCUGGUGCGUACCUUGACAUUGAGCCAACACCGGCCCAUCGCGCCACAUGUGGCGAGGAAGGCACGGGUGCGCUCACUUUUGGCGAGAGCGUGCGACGCCCGACAAUACGCAGAGACAGCGGAAGGCGGUGGUCAUUCCCUGGUCUGCACGCCGUACAGAAGAUGUCAGCCCACCAGCACAGGGCAGCGGCGCAAGGGCAGCAGGCGACAGAGGCACCGCGCGCAGUCGUCGACGCGUACAUUGAUGUUGAAGAUGUUGGCAUUGGUGCAGCUUCUUCCUCAACUUCAUCGGGGUUGCCUGCCCCACCCGCACUCCAGCCAAGACAGGCCAGCACGGCCGUGUCAGGCAUCGACUCACCGUCAACACGUGACAACCAACAGCAACCGUCGUCUGCACACACGGCACCAGUUGUUCCCAUUCCAUCACCGCCGCCACCACCACCGCUCCCACAAGCGGGUGUAGGUACAGCAGCCGCCGCAAUCACAGCCAGUGCCACCAGCACUGCUGGCGCCACAAGAGGCGGUGGUUCAAACCCAGGCGUGGGCGUGCUGUCGCCACCACUACCUGCGUCUGCUGCAGCUGCUGUGGAGACAGCGACGGCAUUUGCGCGCGUGAACCACUUGCACCAGCGCUCGAUGAUGCAGCGAAGACGAGAUGGUGGCAACGACGACGACGACGACAACGACGACGACGACGACAACGACGAUGGGGACGGUGGUGGUGGUGGUGAUGUGGUUGAUGCAGACGACGCUGGUUGCGAUGAUGCGACACAAGGUGGGCAGAUUGGCGCUUACGAUGCCGUAGUGGCGGAGGAGGGCGAGCUGACACUCGAAUGA